UAACAUACCCUAAUGGACUUCUCAACUUAUACCGCCCAGAGUCCGGCCCAUAACGAAUUCCGUAGUGACACUUUCACCACGCCAACGGCUUCCAUGAUCCAGGCAUUGGCCAAUGCAACCUUGGGAGACGCCGUCUAUAACGAAGACGAAUCUACCAUUGCCUUGGAGAAAAAGGUAGCCGAUUUGGCUGGAAAAGAAGCCGGCUUGUAUUGUGUUAGUGGAACUCUCUCCAACCAAAUUGCCCUUAGAACAAACCUCAUCCAGCCUCCAUUCAGCAUCUUGUGUGACCACAGGGGCCAUGUCUAUGUCCACGAAGCGGGUGGAUUGUCCACCUUAUCACAGGCUAUGGUUCAGCCGAUCGUGGCCAAGAAUGGACAUCAUUUGACGUUGGAAGAUGACAUUUUGCCCAACUUCAUUCCUGACGACGGAGAAAUCCAUGGAGCUCCAACGAAGGUCAUUUCUUUGGAAAACACCUUACAUGGUAUGAUUUUCCCCUUGGAUGAAAUCAAGAAAAUCUCUAACUUCUGCAAGAAGAACGACGUAAAAUUGCAUCUUGACGGUGCCAGAUUGUGGAAUGCGUCUGUUGCCACUGGAAUUUCUCUCAAAGAAUACUGUUCAUAUUUCGACAGUGUCUCAUUAUGUCUUUCCAAGACUUUGGGUGCUCCUGUUGGCUCUGUUCUAGUGUCAACCAGAAAAUUUGUAAACAAAGCUAACCACUUUAAGAAACAAAACGGUGGUGGAAUCAGACAAAGUGGUUUGUUGGCUGUAAUGGCCAUCACAGCCAUCGACGAGAACUUGCCUAAAUUGCAAAAGACCCAUGAAAGAGCCAAAGAGUUAGGUGAAUUGUGUGACAAGAAUGGAAUCUACUUGGAACAUCCCGUCGAAACAAACUUCGUGUUUAUCGACACGAAGAAAAACAAAUGGAACCCGGAGUCCAUAAAGACAUUAGCAGAGAAGCACGGAAUUAAGUUUUACGGAGGAAGAAUAUCUUUCCACUAUCAAGUUUCUGACGAAAGCUUUGAAGCCGUUAAGAAAUUUGUAUUGGAAACGCAGGAAGAUGCUAAGAAAAACCCAUACGACGGCGGCGAUCAGGUCAGAUUUUACAGUAAUAUCGAAGAGUGAUUGCAAAGUAAGAUGAUUUACAUACCCUAUAAUAUGUAUAAUUAACUAAGUUAUAUAGACAUUAUAUACGUAUAUUAAUAUGU